AUGUCAAAACUUUUUUUAUACGUCUUGAUCGCAAUAUACGGCCUAUUUUCUAUAGCAAACGGUAUUUACGAAAUAAUAGUGUACCGGAACAACUCUUCUCCUCAUCUGAUCAUCCUUAUGCAGAAUAUGUUGAAAAUGGCAACUUCAAGCAUUCUCUCAACACAGAAGAAGCCUUUAGAUAUGAAUAUAAGCGUUGUGGCACUGUUCUUUUUUAUCUCCAGUAUAUGUUUUACGGAUGCUGUAAAGUAUCUCAACCUAUUUGUAAUCUCGACUUGUAUGCAGACUAAGCUGAUCUUUAUAUUCAUUCUGUCCAAUAUAUUCAUCGAAAAAAGUUGUAAAGCAUCGCAGAUCACUGGUGUUGUUCUAAUAAUAGUAACGAACAUCAUCUCUAAUUAUAAAUUGUACAGCACAGAGAAAUCAUUUUCGCCUUACGUUUUGGUAGUGAUCUUCGGCAAUUUCCUGAGUGCAAGCGCAUACAUAGUAUUUGAACGGAGAAUUAAGAAGAUGAUCAGCAGCUAUUGGAACUAUAUCUUCACCUUUACCUUUAACAGCAUCGUUUUUAACCUAAUAUCAAUGCUUUUUAAUAAGGACGACAAAUCGAUCCGACUCUUCGAUUUAAUAUUUGUGGUUACUAGCACUGUGAACGCUGUUUGUCUGACCAAGCUAUCAUUACACACCAAACCGAUGCAGUACAUUCUUUUUUCGAUCAUGAUAAACAUCAGCAUUACCUUCCUACAUCAAAGUAUAUUUGAAAAGAAAAUCAAUCUUUGCCAGUUUGUUUGUUGUUUGCUGACAUAUUUUGGUGUUUUUAUACAUGAAUGGCACCGUAUUGUGAGGUAAAUGUGAGCGGAA